AGGCUUUAUUGGAGUAAGUCUUGAUGAAUGAGAAUGUAGUGGGCGUCAUUAUGAAUGAAAGUGCGUGAUUAAACAAUCGUCGCGCCGACUCGAACGUGCGGAUGCUUACUUUCGUCAUCAGUUAUUCAUCCGGCUGAUCUAUAAGACACAACGAUAUACUAUCCCGAACUGCUGAAUAGCAGAAGCGGAAAAGUACGCCUCGCAAACGUUCGAUAAUAAAAAGUGACAAUAUAUAAUAUAUGGACAAUGAAAGAACGUUCGUAGAGAUACAGAACUGCCAGUGAAUUUUCGAAACUUUAUUCGAAAUAGACAAGUCGUGCAGCACAGAGUGUUAAUCCAUUUUUCAUUUGCAAUUUUGAGAGCGGAAAGUCAUAUUUUUAAUCUGUAAUUCGAGACAAGUGAUCGUCGAUCGAGAUUCGAAUAACGCGGAGAAAGCUCGCGUUUGUUACGUUCUAUUAUAUUUCCCGCGCACCGGGACCGGCGAAUGAGCACGGAAUCCUGUCUUCUGUCCGACACCUCGGUUCAUGAGAGCCACGCAGCCGCCAGCCAAGGAUGUCGGACAGUUCGGAACAGCUGUCAUCGCCGAACAGCGACUGCAACAGCCAGAUGGGCGUCGUGCAUCGCAAUGCAACCGCGCAGUACGGCAACGCGACGUCGAUGUCUGGUCUCGGGUUGACUCAUCAUCCCCAGAAUUUGACGCCUACGUCGAACGGCAGUCCCUCCUGGAGAGCUCCUGCGGAUACUGAUCCGCAGGAGCUCUCCACCUGCAGCUCCGCCAGCGUGAGCACCAAUAUCACCAACAUCAGCAGUCUCUCCUUCAGCAGCACCACCAGCCUCUCCCUCAGCAGCACCACCAGCAAUUUCACCCCCGAGCAAAUAUCCUGCAUGUGCGAAGCGCUUUCGCAAAGUCAGGAUAUCGAGAAGCUGUCGAGAUUUCUUUGGUCCCUGCCGCCUGGUGAACUGCUACGUGGAGGCGAGAGCGUCCUGAUGGCGCGUGCCGCCGUUGCCUUUCACCGCGGAGCCUACCACGAACUUUACUCGAUCUUGGAAAGCCAUCCCUUCUCGCCACGUCGUCACCCUGAACUUCAGCAAAUGUGGUUCAAGUCGCACUACCGUGAAGCUGAGAAAAUUCGCGGUCGACCGUUGGGUGCCGUCGACAAGUAUCGACUGCGCAAAAAGUAUCCGCUGCCGAAGACGAUCUGGGACGGUGAGGAGACCGUUUACUGCUUCAAAGAGCGAUCGAGAAAUGCCCUGAAGGAAUGCUACAUGAGAAAUCGAUAUCCCACGCCGGACGAAAAGAAGAAUCUUGCGAAGAAGACCGGCCUGACGCUGACUCAGGUGUCAAAUUGGUUCAAGAAUCGUCGGCAGCGAGAUCGCACGCCGCAAACGAGAACGGAGAUGUUAUCGUUGAAUUGUCAAAGCACGAACAACAGUACGAUUAGCAGCUCGGUGAGCAAUGGUGGCAGCCUCCAGUCGUUGCAGAGCAUCGAUUCCGACAGUCCGAAUCUCACGAUGUCACCUCUGUCGACUAUGGGAAUGUCCCCAGUUGCCAUGAAUCCGUGCAGUCCGAUGGGUAUGAGUCCCAUGGGGCCUCAUCAUGGCUAUGCUACUCCCGUUACGCCGUCGUCCGUUCAUACCGCGCAUCCCCACAACGGCGGAUUGAGCCCCAUGAACGAUGUUAAGGCUCUAUGCUACGGACGCAGCGUAUACGACACAGGAAAAGACGUGGAGCAGAGCUCGGUCUACUACUCCAGCCACUCCAGCAUGCACCAUCAGUAUUACCAGCAGACCCAUCAGAUGAUGUCCACCUCCCAUCAUCAUCAUCAUCAUCAGCAAAGCGUACCGGCCGGUUACGAGAUCAUGCUACCGCCACCUCAACAUUCCAUGUGACCAACGGACUACGAGAGUGACCGAAGUAACCAGGCUCAUCAUGGCCAGAGUGACGACGGGCUCGCGCGUAUACACGCCUUUGCCUGAUCUUACGGCUUUUUCUUUCAUCUUGAUCCAAGUCACAUCGCAAUAAAGAACGGCAAUCGAGUGGAUGGAAAUUUGUAAAAACGGCCGUUCUAAAGUCAGAUAACGCACUCUCAUCAUCUCUUCCAUAUUCAUUGUCCUUAAAAUAUUUACUUGGAAGAGUAUCAAAUACUUUCUACACGCAGUAUGAAUGUACGAUAUGCUCUAUCGAUUUUUAAGUGAAUGUAGGUCUUCUGGGUUCUGCAAUUUAGAAAAAAUUAUUGAUUUUGAAUCUAUUUCGAAAGGUGGACAAAUACACGGUGACUUUUUUAAAAACUGUUUGUAUGUGUAUUAAUGCAAUAAAAGAAAAAAUAGAGAAUUGAUAUAUCAAACGCAUGCACACAGAACACAUACAUACAUAUACACGUCAGAUAGAAAAUCUCAUAAACUAUCUAAAAUUAAAAAUAUAAUUAAACAAAUUUUUCUUUUUAAGCAGGAAAUAUUUUUGAAUUUUAUUUUUGAACUUAAUAUAUGAUUAUAUGAAAAUAUUGUAAUUAUAAAAUUGCAAUUCUCUGAAAUGAAAUAUAAAUCGAAUCAAUUUAAUCCGUUGCCGUUUUUCAUUUUUAAUAUGAAUUCGAAAUAUAUUGAAUGAAAAUUACCGUGUAACCCACAGAUGAUUAUGUUAAUCGUACAAAUUCAUGCAACCAAAUGUUAUGUCACGAAACUAUGGAAUGGGCACGUUUUAACCAAUGAGAAGACGAGAAUAUACUUAAAAGACUUGGGAGGAGCUAAAAAACUGGUUUUAUUUCGCACACCCUUCUUCAAGGUGUUCCGUAUGCGAUACGCGCGCUCCAGCUGCUCUUAAUUUUUUUUUUUUUUAGGACAUACAUGCAAAAAUAUUUACUUCAUAUAUUUAUAUUCUCAGACAUUUUAUAAUCUCAUGAGAAAUCUGUGGUUUAAAACAUAGAAUUGAUUUUUAAAUGCUUGUAAAUUCAAAUAUAAUUUAAAAUUUAAAUGCAAAAAAGGAUUAAAACUGAUUUUUUUAAAUAUACUUCUUUUUUG